GGGAGGGCGGCUCGCAACGGCAGAAUGUGUAAUUGAGCUGAAGGAAUUGGCAACAUUGUCCUACCACACAUCACAGUGGUGAAUUUAUCCAGUGAUCAGAUAAUUCAAAUCGCAAAUGUCUUGGCCAAGUGAAGCCUUUGGAAUGACAGACGUGGGUACCAUUAAAAUUUUCUGGUAAUUUGAUAUCAAAAUGGACAGAUAUGCAAUAUGAUUCCUCUGCUCUUCGAGGAUAUAAGUAAUUCCCCUCCUCUCAAGUAGUUCUCAAAGAAUCAAGCAUGGAUCAACCCACGAUUUGUAUUUCCUUAGCCAAACCUACAAACUGCAGUCUCAACUCAACACAUUCCCUUGAGAAGAAAUCUAGUAUCAUCGUUGUGGUCGGUAAUGAACCUCAAGGUUCUUCCUCAAGUUCAAGUUCCUCCCAAACGUAUCUCCCUCUACGAUAUGCAAGACAAGUAGCAGGACUACUAUGGAAGUUUGCCAAGUUCACUGGCCCCGGCGCUAUCAUCAGCGUGGCAUAUAUCGAUCCCGAUAACUACCAGUCGGAUCUAACAGCAGGUGCAAAAUUCGAGUAUAAAUUGCUUUGUGCAGUGGUAUUUUCUAAUCUUGCAGCUAUUUUCUUACAGGUGAGUUCUGUUCCAUAGAUAUAAAGUCCGACAGGAGAUUCUCUAAUGGAAACCCAGGCACUCUCUACGAAGCUAGGAUGCGUAACUGGUAUGGACUUGGCUCAGAUGAACCGAGCUCAUCUGCAUCCUUGGUUGAAUAUUGCUUUGUGGAUUCUCGCAGAGUGUGCAAUUAUAUGUACUGAUAUUGGACAAGUAAUUACUCUCUCAUUCUAUUCUCAUCGAGUCAGACACACAGAAAAUCUUACUUCUAGUUUAGGUGAUCGGUACAGCUAUUGCCCUCAAUUUACUCAAUCCUAAGAUCACGCUAAUAGCCGGAUGUGUGAUAUCGGUUUCAGAUACUCUUUUCAUAUUGUUAUUUUAUAAACCAGAUGGCUCGAUAAGACGUCUAAGAAUUUUUGAAAUGUUCAUCUCGGUAUUUGUCGUGGCUAUUUUUGUUAUGUUCUGUAUAGAGCUUUCUUUUAUUACGGCUCCCGCGAAUCAAGUCUUCAAGGGUCUUCUUCCCUCUAAAACAAUAUUCGUGGGUCAAGGGUAAGCACUUCUACUCCAUUCUUCAUCCAAUACUAAUCUGAUACCAUGAGACUCUUCCAAUCUUGCGCCAUUUUAGGUGGGAAUAUCAUGCCUCAUACAAUCUAUCUUGGCUCGGGUCUCGUCCAAGCCCGAAUGCGUGAAUUCGACCACAAAAAUGAAAAAUACCACGAAGCCCGUACAUCCAACUCCAAAUCCGCAACCAUGCUCUACCGACCCACCCUCUCUGCCAUCAAAUCCUGCAUGUCCUCCACCAUAGCCGAACUAUGCAUAACCCUCUUCAUCGUAGCCAAUUUCGUCAAUUCCGCCAUCCUCAUCGUCGCUGCUGCAAGCCUCUCUGAAGAAAAUCAAAAUGCCGACUUACCAGGUAUGUAUCAACUUUUCGUAGACACGAUUGGACAGGCUGCAGGAACGAUUUUUGCAGUGGGAUUACUGUUCUCGGGUAUAAGUGCGGGGAUUGUAGCGACGAUGGCGGGUCAACUUAUUUGUGAGGGUGCGAUGGAUUGGCGGUUAUCGCCGUUUGUGAGGAGAUUGGUCACGAGGUGUAUUUCGAUUGUUCCGGCUGUGGUUAUUGCGGCCGCGGCGGGACAGAGGGGUUUGGCGAAAGCGUUGGUGGUCGGGAAUGUGGUGUUGUCUGUUUCGUUGAUUUUUGUGACGGCGCCGUUGGUUUGGUACACGAGUGCCGAGAGGUUUAUGAGGGUCGGGGUGGAAGAUGGGGAUGGAGUUGCGGGGAUGGGAUCAGGCAUUGUGGGGGCUAGACUCAGGGAUGCGGAUGCUAGGGAGGAUGGAAGAGGUGACGGUGGUGCAACAGUUAGUUUGGCUAAUGGGUGGGCGGUCACCAGCAUGGGUUGGUUGCUCUGGUUUGUGGUUGCUGGGAUGAAUGUUGCGCUUUUGACGUUUUUGGGGUUGGGGAUUGGAGGAGAUGAUUAGAUGGUAGAGGAAGUACAGAGUGCUGCGGUUAAGACGGUUAGACAGAGGGAAGGUCUUGGAGUUGAAAGGCGCAA